AUGAAUCAAAGACCGAUUCGACCAUCGAGUGCCCAAUAGAAUGUGUCUCAUAUGAGUGAUAAGAAUGCCUCCUUUUUAAAGAAGUAAGAGAGUUAGAUAAUGAGUAGUCCAUAUAAGCAAGGCAAUCAAUUGAACGUUUCAUAAUAUAGAGUGAAGGAGAGCGAGAAAUUGCUAGAAGACAACCAAUAAUUGAAGGUAUAGCUCAAUUAAUUCAAAGAUGAAAAUAUUAAAUUAAGAACACGCAACACAAACUUAGAAAAAGACCUUCAAAAAUGUUAAAAGAUAAUAGAAGAAGUAGAAGCAACUGGUAACAUGAAGAGGUUCUAUGCAAAACCAAGCACUGAUAAUCAAAUGAUUUUAAGUUUAAAAAGCUAAGUAAAAGAAUUGAGGCAAAUGUUAGAUCAAAGAGAAUAAGAGAUGGUCUAGCUCAAAAAGUCUGUUAAAUUUACUAGACUUACUGAGAUGGAAAUUGAACGCAAACACUUUUAGGAUGAAACCUUAAGGAUGAAAUAGAUCAUUGAAGAAUUGAUUCAAUAAAAUCUCUAUGCUCAAUAAAAAGAGAAGGAUUAAUAAAAAUUAUAGGACAUGGUGUAGCAAAGGGAUAAUCUCAUCCAGUAGAUGCAAUAGGACAUAGAAUAACUAGAAAUUGAGAAUAAGAAUUUAUAGUCUCAAUAAUAGCAACUAAUUAUAGGAUAUUAAGAUUUGGAUUAGGAGUACGUUAAAUUAGAUCAGAGCAUUUAAGCUAAAUUAAAGUCUAAGGAUAAGUAGAUAAAUGAACUCAAAAACAACUUAAAAAGAAUGUAAGAUUAAGUUGAUAGAGAAAAAAAAAUAAUUUAACCAACAACAACAACAACAACAAAAGCCAAUCAUCCUGCAUUAUAAACUCAUAAUAAAUAACAAAAACGUAUCUAGAGUGCAAAACCCUCUCUGUAAGUCACAAAACCAAUUUAAUAAGAAGAAAUCUAGGAUCUCAUUCAAGAAAUUAAAUAUAAAUUGAUUGCUCUUUAGAAAAAUUCACAUCAAAUCGACAACCUACUAUUCAGUGAAUCUUCUUAAUAAACUACUAUCUCUUAAUUAACAGAUAAGCUAAUUAAUGAUCCCUUUUAUCUAGAAAGGAUGGAUGCUUAAAAUUUAGCCAGAUUCUUGGUUGAAUCGCCUCAAUAGAAAUAUCCCUACACUAUGAAUAUGUAGAUUUCUCAAGAUAACGGAUUGAUUCGUGGAUUAUUUUUCAAGACUAUAGGUUAUUGGGCCUGCUAUGAUUAAGUUGAAACUAAAGUGAUCGAAGCUAGUUUAGCAAAAGUGUUCUUUGGAACUUAUUCUCAAUUUGAAAAGUAAAUGAGCAAGAAAACCUUCACCAAAACAGAAUUUAUAAAUUAGAUAUCAAAGAUAUUGCAAGGAAAAUAAAUAAGAGAAUUGGAAUUGACAUAUUUACUCUCUAAAAUUAUUAUAAAAUCAAAGCAUCUUAACACCUUGAAGGGAGACUACUUUAUCGAAUACUUAAAACAACUACAAUAAGUGAGAGCAGAAGAUGAUAUAACCGUAGAAGAUCUACAACAAUACUACGAUAAUAAGGAGUAACAUAUUUAAGUGAUUUUAAGUGCUGAAAAAGGGUUCUUCUAUUUUAAACAAUAGCGAAGCAAGCAGGAAUAAAUGAUUGCCCUCUUAGAGACAAAAGAAGAGAAGUUAACAGAUUAGGAAGGACUAAACGAUGGCACUCCCUAGAAAUCAGUUCAACAAUAUUUGAUUAAGGGAGGACUUGUAAGAAGUCAUUCGGAUCCAGAUCCCUUACAAAUGAAAUUGAUUGAGCAGGAGGAAGAAGAAGGAGAGGAGGAGGAACAGUAUAAUGAAUAAAAGCAGAAUGAAGGAUAAUAUGAAUAGUAUGAUCAGUAUGAUCAGUAUAAUGAGACUGAAUAUGAGAAUGAUUUCUAACCUGAUUUAAAUGAUGCUUAGAUUGAAGAUGAAUAUGGAAUACAAGAGGAAGAAGAUGACGAAUAUAAUAUCAAUGUAGAUGGAGUAUUUGAAGAGGAUAACGACGAUGAAAAUGAUCAAUGGGAAAAAGUGGAAAAUCAUAAAGGGAACUUCCCAGUUCGAUAAGAUCGAUAAAUACCAAAUAGUCGUCCUACUUCCAGCUAUAUCAAUAAAGCAAAUAGGAGUAAUAGUGAUAUCAAAGCCAGUCUUUAAUCUGAAUUGCAUCCCACAAAGGAAGUUAAUGAGGAAGAAUACCAGGAGGAUCAAUUCGAGGAUGAAAAUUGA